UAUAAGACGGUGACACUAAAUCUUAAAAUCGGGACCCUUGACAUUCAGAGCGAGUUCAAAGCACAACCACUCAUUCGACAUCACUCGUCCUUUUCCGUAACAUGCAAACAGCUUGUCCCUGAACGACCCGAGUUCGUCCGGAAGGAACCACGUCCGCUAACAUGUAGUAUCUAUCUCGCCUGGUGCUCAGUUUCCCUCUACACCGGUUACCUAGCUGUCUCAGGAGAGAUGGCGACCUCCCAGAAGUUGACCGAACACUUCUUGACAUGCACCAUAUGUACAGAGGUGUUUGACAAGCCCUGUACACUUGUGUGUAAUCACACCUUCUGUCGGAAAUGUGUCGUCAACUACACCAAAACCAGACCAGAAGCCAUCAGUGCCAAGUCCCUCCUGUGUCCAUUCUGCAGGAAGAUGACGAAAGUGUUUGACCCCGAGAGACCAGUGGAGGAGUGGGCGGAUGACGUCAAACCAAGCUUCGUCAUCCAGGGACUGUUGGACUCAUUUGGGCCUGGAUCUAAAGAUACAACUAACUGCAGUUAUUGUAAGGAGGAAGGGGAGACAACCCCAGCUACAUCUUGGUGUUCUGUUUGUGACGACGCACUGUGUGAACGAUGUACCCGGAUGCACCAACGAAUCCCCUCUUCCCGUCACCAUGACGUAGUUGACCUGUCUGUAGAGGCAAAGGUCAAGGUGAAUAGAAAGGUCAUGUGUAAAGUUCACAAGGACGAGAAUAUCAAAUAUCUUUGUAAAGAUUGUAAAACAGCUGUUUGUCAAACAUGCUGCACGAUCCAUCACAGGAAAUGUGACAUGGUUGUUGAAAUUGAGUCAGAGAUUACUGCAAUGAAAACCGAGCUGAAAAGGAAUAAAGAGAAUUUGUUAAAGAAACACGAUGAGAUGAAAACAUAUGUUGGAAAACAAAACUCCAGGGUGAAAGAAGAAUUGGCGCUUCCCCUAAAAAUAGAAUCAAACAUCAAGUCUGCAAGUCUCACAGUAAUAGAGGUUAUCAAAGUCAAGGAACGGAAACUUCUGUCUGAACUGAAAGAGAUGUCUGACAGACACAUUGGACAACUGAAGGCAGACAUAAAGUCAGGUGAGAUGUCAGUACAGAUGUACCAACAACAGACUGAGCUGAUAGACCAGGCUCUACAGUCUGAGUGUGACAUGGAUGUGUAUGAGAUGUAUCAGGGAUGUAAGGCCGGUGAUGUGGAGGCUGUCGGAGUCGUAGAGGUGAAGGAGAAGGGAAGAAUAGACAGGAUAACAUUCAGACAGGACACGGACAAGCUGAGUAGAGCACUGGAAGAUCUCCAUCUGGGUGAGAUACACGUCCAGUAUGACAGGACUAUGUUACAGGACACCAUUACCGUGCUGGACCUGAAGGCUACCCCUGUGUUACAGGACACCAUUGCUGUGAGAGUAGCAGGAGAUGCAGGUGGAGGAAACCCCAUUGACGUAACAAUGUUAGAGGUGAAUGGUAUAGACACAGUGGUAGUUACAGAAAACAACAAAAGUGUCAAGUCCUUUUACACCAGUAACAGUCAACCUGGUCACAGCAAGCUCAGUCUGAGAGGUAGACCAUGGGGUAUAACAAGGCUGAAACACAACCAGGUGGCUGUCACUCUGCCGAAAACCAAGCAGAUUGUAAUAGUUGAAGUGAACCCUGACCUGGUGCUGCUGUCGACCAUCAAAACCAGCAAACAGUACUUGGGUAUAACGUCUCUGACACCAUCCACAAUAGCAGCAAGUUCCGAGUCCCCUCCCUGUGUUGAUAUCCUGGAUAUGUCGGGACACGUGCUGAAGUCAGUUUGUUCUGGUCACAGAGGUGGAGACAUCUUAAAGUAUCCCUACUUCCUCUGUACCACGAGGACAGGAAACAUCCUGGUGUCUGAUGGUGGAACCAAGUGUGUCGUGUGUCUGACUCCCGAGGGAGAUGUGGUGUUCAACUACGGACCUACAGUAUACACAGCACUGAAGUAUCCACGUGGUAUCACAUGUACCAACACAGGCGAGAUCCUGGUGGCAGACAACUCACUACACAGAGUCAUCCAUCUGACAGAGUCAGGACAGUUUGUUAGAAACAUACUGAUAUCACAGGAUGGUGUCCACCUUCCAUGGGGACUGUGUGUUGGUGGGCGUGGUCGUAUGUACUUGUGUACAUUAAAUGCAGUGAAGGUAUUUACAUUCUGUAAUUGAGUGAACAGGUCACAGUCCUAUUUUAGAUUAAAUAUAGUUUACUUGGAGGGAUAUGAUGUGAUGCACUGUAGGAACAUUCCUGUCUGAAACACAAUUUUACUCUUUAGUUUAAUCUCAUUGUCUGAACAUUGUACUGAUUACUGUGUGAAUUGUUUUUGUCACAAUGUGGCUGAAAUACUCAUUUUGUGACACACUCACUCAGUGUUUCUUAAUCACUCUGACAAAUCAUCCAUGACUUUUGAUUUGAAUAUGACGAAUCAAACCAGUUUUAGAAGGACUAACAUUGGUAUGCAAUGGGGGUUAGUGGGGUAGCCCAAUUGUUUAUGCGGUGGAUCGUCACGCCGAAGUCCUGGGUUCGAUUCUCCAGAUGGGUACACUGUGUGACCCACAUUUCUGGUGUCCGUCGCCUUGAUAUAGCUGGAAUAUUGCUAAAAGCGGAAUAAAACCACUCUCGCAUUGUAAUGUAAUGUAAUGUAAUGUAAUGUAAUGUAAAUCUAAGUAAAUGUGAUGUGAUGUGAUGUAAUGUAAAUAGCCCGUACUUGUAUUUUCUAUUCAGAUAUAUUGUCUCAAUGAGACCAUGUGGUUCAUAUAUACUGGACAAAAUAUGUUAGGGAUAGAGGUAUUUUUAUGAUUGAUAUUUUAUCAGUGUGUCAAUGAGAAACUGGAUCAUUAGGUAAAAAGUAGUUAUACUGACUGUUUAAAGGUUUUAAAAAAAAAUAUUCAUUGACAUGUGAAUUUGACAAAUGUUGUUACUCUCUUCAGAAGAGACAGAUUGUGUAAUUUGCAUUGCAGGGCAGUAAUCCUUGUGCACACCUUUCACGAGCUUAUACACGUUACUGAUCACAUUUAUAGCUAGGAAAGUACCACUAUUGUCGAUACACAAGCAGCCAAACUUGCCUGAGCAUGAAGUCAGUGUUUAGCAGACGUUGUGACCAACCGAUCACUAAUCAUAUACAGUGAACUUUUGCACACCUAAACAUUAGAUACAUGGAUUGCUUUGCCAACUCGUGACGUGUUGUGAUACAUACAGCUCCAGCGUUGCAGCGGAGCGGGUCCAUUUGAUUGACUAAAUAAAUGAAUGGUUAAAGGAAGAUAAAUCGCAAUGAGAUAUUUAUGAAGCGUGAUAAAAUUCUGCGAACGAAUGAAUAUUUAAUCACAGUGAGUUCGGUGGUAUUUCACUAUUUGUUACGAGGGAGGAGUACAGAGAAAGGGACAGCCAGGCGUUAGA